AUGACGGGUGAAGUAGAGCAAGGGGGUGGCGAGGGGAUCAAGGGAGGGAGUGGGGAAGGGGGACUUGAUAAUAAGAAUAAUUUUCGGAAUAAUCAGUGGUCUCGCAAAACAACUCAAGGUUGCUUUAACAUGGGCCUGCUCGAUGAGGAGAGUAAGGAGGAGAAAGGAGCUAGAGUUAUAUCCUUCAAGCUUCGCAAGCUCUUCAGCUCUGAGAACAGUUUCGACGGUGUAGAAAUGCGCUGCGCUGCUUUUGAAGAGAAUACAAGAACGAAAGCAAUGCUGCUUGAGACCUUGCCUAGCAAGUCUCAAGCAGCAUUGCCGUAA